AUGGCUGGCCCCCUCUCUGUCGAGGACAUUCUCGCCAAGCAAAAGGCAGACCGCGAGGCUGCUGCCAAGCCCAAGUUCCUGUCCAAGGCCGAACGCGCACGCCUUGCUCUCGAGAAGCGCGAAGCCGAGGUCAAGGAUCUGAAGCAGCGCGAGGCGGAUGACAAGAAGCAGCACUCUGACUUUGAACGUCGUGCGGAUGAGGAGAGGCGAAGGACUCAGGACAGCUCCAGGUUUGGCGCUGGCCGCGACCGUGAUGGACGAGACGGGCGUGAUGGCGGACUGGACUACCGCGAUAGCCAUGACCGUGGACGGGAUGGACGACACCGCGACGACCGGAACGAUGGACGCUACCGUGACGAUCGCCGUGGUGGUGGAGCUCAGCGUAAUGGGGCAAAUGGCGCCUCCAACGGCCACGCUGGUCCGUCAAAAGGCAAAGGUGGUGCUGCUGCCGCUGCUCCUGAAUCGGAUCUCGACAUUAUCAAGAAGCGAUACCUUGGCCAGCACGAUGUCGUGAAAAAGCCAUGGAUGCGCAAAAGCACAAACAAGAAUGCCAUCUUUGAGUGGAGCGCGGCCGAUGACACCAGUUCCAAGCCCCUGUGGGCCGGGCCACCACCUGGUGAAGGUGUUAGGCCAGGAAGCGCCGCUACCAGCAACGCCGGGUCACCCGCCCCGGGAGACAAUAAGUUCGUGGAUGCCCUGGAGAGGCGUCGUGCGGGCAAGGGCAGCAACGACGACCGACACUGGAGUGACAAGCCGCUCGGCGAGAUGCGCGAGCGUGACUGGCGCAUUUUCCGCGAAGACUACAGCAUUUCGUCGCGCGGUGGCAACAUUCCCCAUCCUUUGCGAUUCUGGCGGGAGAGUGAUAUCCCUACGACUGUCCUUGACAUUGUGGACCAGAUUGGCUACACCGAGCCAAGUCCCAUUCAGCGCCAGGCUAUCCCGAUUGGUAUGCAGAACCGUGACCUCGUCGGUAUCGCCAAGACGGGUUCCGGUAAGACUGCCGCCUUUGUCAUCCCCAUGCUGUCGUACAUCUCGCGCCUCGCCCCUCUCACCGACGAAAACCGCCACCUUGGCCCGUACGCCCUCAUCAUGGCCCCUACGCGUGAACUGGCGCAGCAAAUCGAGGCUGAGACCGCCAAGUUUGCCGUGCCCCUCGGCUACACCUGUGUCUCGAUUGUGGGUGGUCGCUCUGUUGAGGAGCAGCAGUUCAACCUCCGCAAUGGUGCGCACAUUAUCAUUGCUACCCCCGGUCGUCUCAAGGAUAUGGUUGACAAGUCGAUGGUCGUCAUGUCCCAAUGCCGUUACGUGGUCAUGGACGAGGCAGACCGUAUGGUCGACCUAGGUUUCGAGGUGGAUCUGACGUUUAUCCUCGAUGCCAUGCCCACAGCCAAGGAGUCUGACGAUGGCACGACCGACCGCGUCAUGACCCUCUUCUCGGCCACCAUGCCCCCCGCCGUUGAACGCCUGACCCGCAAGUACCUUCGCAAGCCCGCGACUGUCACCAUCGGUAACGCCGGUGAGGCGGUCGACACUGUUGAGCAGCGUGUCGAGUUUGUCCACGGCGAGGACAAGAAGAAGGCACGUCUUAUCGACAUUCUGCGCACCAUUGGUCUCCCUCCACCCAUGAUCGUGUUCGUCAACCAAAAGUCUACCGCCGACGUCGUCGUCAAGUAUGUCCAGCAGUCAGGCAUGUCCGCCAUCUCACUGCACUCGGGCAAAUCACAAGAACAGCGUGAGGCAUCGCUCCAGGCUCUCCGUGAUGGCUCCGUCUCCGUACUGGUGGCUACCGACCUGGCAGGUCGUGGUAUCGACGUGCCCGAUGUCUCGCUCGUUAUCAACUGGCAGAUGUCUGACACGAUCGAGAAGUACGUCCACCGUAUCGGUCGUACCGGUCGUGCCGGAAAGACUGGUGUUGCGAUCACGUUCCUGGACAACAACGACGACGAAGUCAUGUUUGAGCUCAAGAAUGAGAUUCAAAAGAGCGCAAUGUCGACCAUGAACCCGGAGCUGUCUCGCCACGAAGCAGCCAGGCAAAAGGUCACGCGCGAGAUGAAGCGCAAGAGGGACGACGGUGAUGACUAG